CAGUCCCUGUCCCGGGGCAUGGCUUUGGAUCUCCAGUCCUGUCUGGUGGUCUGGGGCCGCUGGUCUCCUCCAGUCAGUCCCUUUCUCCCUACUCUGCACCCCAGGCAGAAGCUGCACCCCCGUUAGUUGGUUGGGUGUGUAGGGUCACGUUUGACUUGCGGGACUGGCCUCUGAGGUCACCUCUGCAUUUGGAUACCCAGGAGAUGGGCGUGAUAGACAGAGUCUCAGAGGUUCAGGAGACUCCCAGGAUGUUGCUGCUCUGAGGCCCAGCACACAGGCUGUCAGGGCUCCCUUCCCAAGUGGUGUAGUGUCGGAGCCUGCAGGAAACAUGACUGUGGGAUUUGUACUGGUUCCCCCUGUGCUGGGGAGGACUUGGCUGCUGCUGUUGCUGGAGGCGGCUUUCAUUCAGUGCUAUUGGCCCAGUGAACCUUCCAGAGUUGCACAGGACUGGGAAAACCAGCUAGAGGCCUCCAUGCAUUCGGUGCUAUCAGAUCUCCAUGACACAGUUCCAGCAGUGCUGGGGAUUCCAGACAGCUCUGCGGUGGUGGGCCGUUCCUUCCGAGUCCUUAUCCCCGCAGAUGUAAUUGCUUCCAGUGGAGAAAUGGUGCAGAUAUCGGAGGUGGGUAAAGACUCCUUGCCUUCGUGGCUGCAUUGGGAGCCCAAGAGUAGCACUUUGGAAGGCCUGCCCCUGGAUACUGACAAGGGGGUGCAUUACAUCUCCGUACAGGCAGGGCAGCUGGAGCCCAAUGGCAGUUAUGUGCCCCAAACUACCAAUGUCUUUUCCAUUGAGGUUCACCCUGAAGAUCACAAUGAGCCUCAGUCAGUACGAGUGGCUUCCCAGGACCCAAGUGAGGCAGCACCGUUUAUGUGUGGCACAGAAGAGCCCGUCACAAUCCUGACGGUCAUUUUGGAUGCUGACUUAACAAAAAUGACACCAAAGCAGAGGGUUGAACUUGUAACGCGAAUGAGACGCUUUUCAGAGGUUGAACUUCAUAGCAUGAAGUUGGUUCCUGUUGUGAAUAAUAGACUUUUUGACAUGUCAGCCUUCAUGGCUGGGCCAGGAAAUGCAAAAAAGGUGGUUGAAAAUGGGGCCUUACUCUCAUGGAAAUUGGGAUGUUCUUUGAGCCAAAAUAGUGUUCCCAACAUCAGCAAUGUUGAAGCUCCUGCUAAGGAAGGUACCAUGUCUGCCCACCUUGGCUACCCUGUUGUUGGCUGGCACAUUGCUAACAAAAAACCUCAUCUUCCGAAGAGGAUAAGGCGGCAGAUCAAUGCCACUCCUACACCUGUCACUGCCAUUGGGCCACCUACAACUGCUAUCCAGGAACCACCAACCAGAAUUGUUCCCACUCCCACGUCCCCAGCCAUUGCACCUCCCACGGAAACAACAGCUCCUCCAGUAAGAGAGCCUAUACCAUUGCCUAGGAAACCUACAGUUACCAUUAGAACAAGAGGAGCCAUUGUCCAGACACCAACUCUAGGACCAAUUCAGCCAACCAGAGUAGUAGAAGCCACUAGUAUUCUCCCUGGACAGAUUCGCCCAACCAUGACCGGAUAUUUGGAGCCUACUGCUGUGGUUACUCCACCCACAACCACUACUAAGAAACCAAGAGUCACCACGCUGAAACCAGCCACACCAUCAACAACAGAUUCCUCUACAGCUACCACUCGAAGGCCUACAAGAAGACCCAAAACUCCUCGCCCAACCAAGCCCCCUGGCACAACCAGAUCACCCAUCACUAAGUUAGAAACUUCCUCUCCACCAUCCCGCACACGCACUACUGCUAGCGGACCUUCCCAUGGCUGGGAGCCAAAUGAGCCACCACGGCUGACCAACCACAUUGACAGAGUGGAUGCAUGGGAAGGCACUUACUUUGAGGUUAAAAUACCCUCGGAUACAUUCUAUGACAAAGAAGACACCACCACAGAUAAACUACAGCUGACUCUAAAGCUGAAAGAGCAGAAACCAGUGGAAGAAAACUCCUGGGUCCAAUUCAAUAGCACUAGUCAGUUAAUGUUUGGAAUGCCCGAUCACAGCCAUCUAGGAAAGCAUGAGUAUUUCAUGUACGCCACAGACAAAGGUGGCCUCUCUGCAGUGGAUGCUUUUGAAAUACAUGUUCACAAACGGCCACAUGGGGACAAGUCACCAGUUACGUUCAAAGCCAGAUUCCAUGGAGACCACAAUGCCGUGGCCAGUGACAUCAAUAAAAAGAUUCAGUUGGUAAAGAAGCUGGCUUUUGCAUUUGGUGACCGGAACAGCAGCACCAUUACCUUACAAAACAUCACCAAGGGCUCCAUUGUAGUGGAGUGGACAAACAACACGCUGCCUCUGGACCCGUGCCCCAAAGAACAGAUAAGAGCCUUGAGCAAAAGAAUCGCCAAUGACUCUGGCAUUCCUACCCCAGCCUUCUCCAAAGCCUUGGAGCCGGAGUUCAAGCCCAUGAACAUCUCCGUAGUUGGCUCCGGCAGCUGCAGGCACAUCCACUUUAUUCCAGUGCCUAAAGACGGUAGGAUUCUCUCUGAAGCCACCCCAACGCUGCUGGCUGGGAAAGACCCUGAGAAGAGCAGCGAGGAUGAUGUGUACCUACACACUGUAAUCCCUGCUGUGGUGGUGGCCGCUAUCCUGCUGAUCGCUGGCAUCAUUGCCAUGAUCUGCUAUCGCAAAAAGAGAAAAGGCAAACUCACCAUUGAAGAUCAGGCCACCUUCAUCAAGAAGGGGGUGCCGAUCAUCUUCGCCGAUGAGCUGGAUGACUCCAAGCCUCCCCCUUCCUCCAGCAUGCCCCUCAUCCUUCAGGAGGAGAAGGCCCCUCUCCCCCCUCCAGAAUAUCCAAACCAGAACAUGCCUGAGACCACCCCCUUGAACCAGGACACCAUCGGGGAAUACACUCCAUUGCGGGAUGAAGACCCCAAUGCGCCUCCGUACCAGCCGCCCCCGCCUUUCACCGCUCCCAUGGAGGGUAAAGGCUCCCGCCCGAAGAACAUGACCCCUUACCGGUCUCCACCGCCAUACGUCCCCCCUUAACGAACAGAAGAGUCUUUGCGGAGGAGGGGCCUGUAGUCCCGUGCCAAGGUUGUCUGUAGGGACUGAUGGCCUGCAAAUCCAUUGCCAACCAGAAACCACCACUCAGAAUCCCAACCGCAGCCAGGCCCUCUCCGGAAACGUUCGCUCGCCAGAGUGCUGGGGAGACUGUGGGACACUGAUUUUAUUUUUGCCUAACAGCUUUUAUUUUAUUCAUAGAAAGUUCUUCUUGGCUCAAAAGUAUCUGACGGCAGCUUCUCGACGCAUCCGCGCCCCGGAGCAAAGGCGGGAGGCUGGCCGUGCAGGGGCGCUGGGGGUGGCACUGGCUCUGCUGUUUGCCUUUAACACUAACUGUACUGUUUUUCUAUUCACGUGUGUCUAGCAACAGGAUGUAACAUGAAAGGUGGCCUCCAGCGAAUGACAGUCAGGGGCUGGCUGAAGUCAAGCCUGAGUUUUCACAUUUAACCUGCUGUUUACCUACAGUUGUCUGUGUAGUUUAUGGGACGGGGAGGGGAGUCCUGUGCUCAAAAUCAGCUCCAGAGGUGUUUCAAACCCAGUCAGAGGAUGGACCUAGCCAGCGUUUUUAUCAGAGGAAUCCUAUUUUUUCACAUAUUGUAAAAUAGUCAUCAGCUUAGUCAGCCUGGGUGUGGGUGGCCUUUGCCGCUGCAAGGCCCAAUUCUGGCCUGCUGAGAGCACCCUGCCCAUGGAGAAGAGAAUGCGGAGGUGCCUCGGAGCAGCCUGGAAGACAGCCACAGGGUGACAGAGUGGGGCUCAGAAGGGCAGCAUUUCCCCCGUGGGGGGCACUGCCAGGAAUGGGAGAAGAUUUUAUACUGCACCGCUGCUCGAGGGAAGGGUUGAGGGCUGGGGUUUGGCACACAUGGAGGGGUUUUGAUGAAGAUGCAAUAUUUGUAUGGAAUGUGAUGCUAUCUCCUCUCUGCCCCUGAGCAUAGUAUUGGUACAGCUCCUCCUCCAUCCCCCUUGCUGUCCAACCCGCCUGUGCUGCGCCCCUCACGCUCGUGUGCACAGGCACUGGCGGAGCUGGCUGGUGCUGGGACAGCCAAAGCACCAGAAAUGGCUCAGAGUAAAACUCAAAUCUAAUUUUAUACUAAAUUUUUGAUACAGCCUCAAAUUGUUUUAUUAAAAAAUAAUGAAAAAUGGUAACGCUGACAGCAGUUUGUACGAGCUUAGCUUCUUGGGGUCAGUUCCAUGGGACUGAUUGCUUUGCUCACUUUGAGUUUUGUUUCUUAAUCAUUGUUAAAUAGUAGAGCCAUGUCUAGGUUUCUUGCCUUUUUAAAACGAACUUCCAUCAUUUCUCCUGUGAGGUUGGGGCUGCCCUGUCGGCUGCUCCUGUGCUUUUUUUCCUUUGGACUAAAUCAUUGGAAGCAUGGAUUUUUCUUGACCGUUUGAGAACUACUUUUGGUACAUUUAGAGGGAGGAAAAACCCUUUGCAAUAAUGUGGCCCUGCCCUGGCCGGGGCUGGCUCGGCAGGUUCUGGCUGACUUUGCACACCAAGCAGACACUUUAAGCCAUAUUGACUGUUUUGCAAAGUAUGUUUGUGGGCUGACAGGCCCAGUUAUACACCAGUGGGUGACUGGAGAAAAUAACUUAAUUGCUAGGGUGGCAUUUCCCAUCCCCUGUUCACAACUUCAGAGGAGUUUGCCUGUCCAAAGCAAAUGCUGCAUCUGCUCUGGUGAGGGCCGUAGCCUGGCAGUCUGCAGGAGGGGAGGGCACCUUGGGCGGGUUAUACAGGUGCUAGCUUUACCCCACACACCAACCAGGACUCCUCCCCCCAGUCCCUGCAGGAGAGCAGGCCUGGGAGAGGCACUGGCCAACGCGUCCUGGCUGGGAGCGGGCCGCAGAGCUGGCAGGGGUGCAUUUGGCUGCCUCUUCAGCAGCCCUGAAAUUCUCCCCUCAUACGCAAGUUGGAACGGCCUCCCAAAGCACGCCGUUGGCCCUAGCAACAGCAGCCACUCCAUCCUGGCCCUGCGCAGGCGUGCACGUGUCACGCCUGGGCCUGCCCGUCACCAUAGAAACUGGUGGCGAAGGGGCAGUGAACAGAAUAACAAUAACGGCAUUCUCGGCGGCCGCCUUCCCCUUCGCACCUGUGCUGUUUGUUUCUGGCACUAGUCACUGUCCUGGUGCGAGAGACUCGUGUAUUAAAGUGUUCACCAACCACUGCUGUGUGUUUAUUCCUUGUAUGAUUAUUUUAAAGCUGUUUUCUGCAUUCUGUAAAGAACCCUAUCAACUAAAUAAACCCGUGUACUUUACUACA